CUGGCGAGACCGGGGCCCACAGGCCCAGUGGCCUUUUACCAUUCCCGACCGCCAUAAGAUGGUGUUGACAGUGCUGCUGUGCACACUCCUGGUGGUCAGUACCACUGCCACUGAGCCAGAACUGCGGCCCAACAUAGUGGUCCUGAUCGCCGACGACCUGGGCAUUGGCGACAUCAGUUGCUAUGGCAACGACUCCUUCCGGACGACGCACCUGGACCGGCUGGCGUCGCAGGGGGCGUUGCUGACGCACCACCUAGUGGGCGCCACCGUCUGCACGCCGAGCCGCACUGCGCUGCUCACGGGCCGCUACCCAGUCCGUUCGGGCAUGCAGGAGGCGCGCCAUGGGCCGGUGGUGGUCAGAAACGUGCCGGGCCGUGCCGGCCUGCCAGCGGACGAGGUGACUUUUGCUCGCGCUCUGCGGGACGCCGGCUACCGCACGCAGUUCGUGGGCAAGUGGCACCAGGGCUGGUCGUGCGAGCGUUGGGAAGACCAGUGUCACGGCCCGCGCGGUCACGGCUUCGACUCAUUCUUCGGCCUGCCGUUCUCGCUGAUGGAGGAGGGAGAGGACGGUCCUGUAUCGCAGAGGAGAGACGAACCGCUCCUGCGCCACGUGCUGCCGGAGCUGAUGCUGGCCGACCCGCAGCCGCCGCUGCGGCCCGGCGACUGCCACCGCGCGGCGGCCGAGCUGGCCUGGCGACUGUGGCUCGACACUAUCAACCAGACCGACUUCCGUGGCGGCUCGACGCCGCGUGCGAACUGGUGGGGUCACACGAUGGCGGUCGAGAAGUUCCUCAACUACCAGCUGGUGCGCGACUCAACGGUGGUGGACUGGCCGUACCAGCUGCCGUUCCUGCUCGUGCACUCGUUCCUGCACCCGCACACGCCGCUGUUUACGGCGCCCGAGUUCCGCGGCGUGUCGGGCCACUCGCGCUACGCCGACAACGUGCUGGAGAUGGACUGGGCGGUGGGGCAGCUGCUGGCCGCGUUAGACGCGGCCGGCGUCGCCGACAACACCCUCGUCCACUUCCUGUCCGACCACGGCGGCCAGCUGGAGCUGGUCGGGCCGGACGGACAGCGCGAGGGCGGCCACAACGGCGUGUUCCGCGGCGGCAAGGCGCAGGGGGGCGCCGAGGGCGGCUUGCGCGUGCCUGCGCUCUUCCGCUGUGACGUGCACGCGGUGCGGUUCACCCCGGCCGACGGUGGCGCCGUCUACAAGCUCCACCUGGCCGUGGCCAACUACCCGGAUCCGGCGGUGGAGCACUGCGGCCGGGCGGACGGCCUCUGCGCGUGCUACGGCGACGACGUGCGCAGGCUGGACCCGCCGCGGCUGUUCGACGUGCAGGCGGACCCGGCGGAGCGUCGCGAGAUCCCGUCAGAGCAGGUGCCGGUGGCGCCCUCUCAGAUGGACCAGUUCGAGCUGGUCGUCCCGCGGGCUGAGCUACUGCCGUGGGGGCAGCUGCACAAGUUCCGCGGGGCAGACUUCGACAUGCACGGUCUGCACAAAUGGUGGGAGAACGGCGGCAGCUGCGGCGCGGUCCCCGGCCAGUGCGAGGAGUACGGCAGGUAG